UGACGCUGUAUGAAACACAGCAACAGUGUCAGCCGCUUUACCUGUCUUAAGGAGAAAGAUUACCUUUGGUUGAUUAUGCCAGUAUCUAUGUGGGUGGAAGAGGUUAACCGACAUUGUUUCGAGAGCCCACAGAACACAGGAUGCGAUGUUAUCUGCGUGCAUUGCUCCUGUGCACGGCGUUGACCUUUUUUUCGUCGCUCUUCGUGAUCAAUUAUCUCGCAUCCACACUGGAGGACAGCACUCGGCGGGGCCUUAACGACGGAGAGAGUCGUAACACGGGGAACGUUCUCAGGAAAAGACCCGGAUUGGCAGGCCGUGGAGCUCGCGAGCAGCACAGGUGUAAAUCACUGUCAGUCUCUUACUGGAAUCCGUAUUGGAGACUGCCUGCUGAUGUUUGUGGACUGAACUGCUUUUUGGAUUCACCCUUUAGAGACAGGAUAGACUCUGAAGUGGAGGACGGCAGCGAUGAAAGUAGUCACCUGGCCGUGGUGGCCUGUGGCCCAAGGCUGGAGGAGACGCUCACCAUGCUCAAGUCUGCUAUCCUGUUCAGCAAAAAGCCUCUCAAAUUUUACAUCUUUGCCGAUGACGAGCUUCAGGGCGGCUUUCAAAAUGCGCUGCACUCCUGGCCGAGGUCCGUUCAGACCAAGUUUAACUUCACCAUCUACCCGAUCACUUUCCCCAGCGGUAAUGAGAAUGAGUGGAAGAAGCUCUUCAAACCGUGUGCUUCUCAAAGACUCUUUUUACCAAUCAUCCUGAAGGAGGUGGACUCUUUGCUGUACGUGGACACAGAUAUCCUCUUUCUGCAGCCCGUGGAGGACAUCUGGGUCUUCUUCUCCCAGUUCAACGCGAGCCAGCUCGCUGCCAUGGCUCCGGAGCACGAGGAGCCACGGAUCGGCUGGUACAACCGCUUUGCCCGCCACCCUUACUACGGCACGACUGGCAUCAACUCAGGGGUCAUGCUCAUGAACAUGACACGCCUCAGGGAAACGUUUUUUAAGAAUGAUAUGACUACAGUUGCGCUUCAAUGGAGUGAAAUGCUGAUGCCCCUUCUUCAAAAGUAUAAACUCAACAUCACCUGGGGGGACCAGGACCUCCUCAAUAUCAUAUUUCAUCACAACCCAGAAUGCCUCUACGUGUUCCCCUGCCAGUGGAACUACCGUCCGGACCAUUGCGUCUAUGGUCUCAACUGUCAGCAAGCUGAAAAAGAUGGCGUCUUCAUUCUCCACGGUAGCAGGGGAGUUUACCAUAAUGAAAAGCAGCUGGCGUUUAGAGUCGUUUAUGAGGCCAUCCACCAGUACCCCUUUGGCGAGAACAUGGAGACCUCACUGCUUCAGCCACUGGAAGCGUCUCUCCGGACCACCACCCAUUCCUACUGUGGACGGCAGAGCCACCUGUUCACCAAGAGGCUCAAACAAAGUAUCGCAUCUGUUCAACAGGUCAGGCGGGGAAGAUGAGCUGUGUUAGAUUAGGGAUGGGAAACGCAGAGUAACGUCGUACUCUCUCUUGGCAAUCGAAACGUUUGGAUAGUAUGAGUACUCGUACGUACUUACGCUUUAUACAUUCCACCCUGCCCCCCACUGGCAGAUUUGUGGAAGAGGUGCGCAAUGCACAAGCACAUCAACGUAGACGUGUCACAAAAUUACUGCAAUGCAAUGGCUCCUCUUGCCAGUUCGUCAUGAUAACUGCCUUGCGCAAUAGAAAUAAACAACCACUGGAAAUAAUCUGUCAGGAAAGUUGCAGGACAGAAUUGUGUAAUGAUGCGCUGACACGGAGAACAUGCGAACUCUGCACCAAAAGACCUGAACUGAGAACAUUCUCCACUGCGCCUGCACAAAAUGUUAUUGAGAUGCGGUAAAUAAGACGGGGAGACGAAAGCCAGUCAUGUCACUUUACUCAUACAAAAUGGUUUUCACAUCAAACAUCCAACCACUCUCUUUGAAGCCAACAACUCCCUUUGAAAUUUGAUCUCCUGCCCCUCCCUUGAACAUUCACACCCCUGGUGAAUGUCUCCCUCUUGUGGGUCACCAACAUAUGCUAUUUGGCCAGCAAAAAAAUAACAUCAUCCAUCCAUAUAACACGAUACACAAAUGUAACUGAAGGUAAACGUGUGGAUACCAUAGUCUUGCUUACAAAAAAAAGUCAAAGAAAUGUUCGUAAUAUAAAGCUACACUUUUCUGUCGCAGUAUUUCCAAAAUAAUAGAAAGAUGAAGCACUCCAGUUGCUGUUUUUUCCCCCACAGCCAAUAGAAAAUACGUAUUAUACCAUAUAAAAACGCAACACAAACUAAAUGGUUAAGCUCUAGAAUGUGUACAAAGAACAUAAGUCUCCUAUUCAUUUAUGUUUUAAUUUUUACUUUUUAAUUCAACAUAAUUCACAUUAAUUCAAACUUCAGUGCCGAAUUUUGUUACUUCGGCGACACGUUGCGACUGGUUAGCAGAUCCGCCUCACAGCUCUGAGGACCCGGGUUAAAAUCCGGCCUCGUACAUACGCUAGCAUGCAUGCUAGCGUAUGUUUUAAGCUAGCGUAUGUUUUACCAUGCGCCCAAUAAUACGGUGCACCGCCUUAUGGAUGUGUUAAAUACAGAAAUAGACCCCGUAACUGAGACUGCGCCUUUUAAUACGGUGCGCCUUAUGGUCGCAAAAAUACGGUACUCUAAAUUGCCCGUAGGUGUGAAUGUGAUUGCGAAUGGUUGUUUGUUUAUAUGUGCCCUGCGAUUGGCUGGCAACCAGUUUAGAGUGUACCCCGCCUCUCGCCCGCAGUUAGCUGGGAUAGGCUGCAGCAUACUUGUGACCCUAGUGAGAAUAAGCGGUAGAAAAUGGAUGGAUGGAAUUUUGUUGCUCCAUGUUGACCUGUCCCACAGGAAUUGCCCUGAGAAUGCCGAUCUCGUAAGCUAAGCAGGAUUGGUGCUGGCUAGUAGUUGGAUGGGAGACCACUGAGGAAUACCAGGUGCUGGGGUUGGGCAGUAGGCCAAUUACCUGCUCCCGUAAAAAGUAUGGAUUACAGAAACCGCAAUUGCGGCCUAAUGUGCCUCAUGGCACUGAGAGCGCUAGGAAAAAAAAAAGGUUGACCUGUGUGGAACAUUCAUUCGUUCAUCUUCUGUACCGUUUGUUUUGUUUUGUUUUGUUUUGGGCCAGCGUUCUGACUUUCACACAAAUUUGGGUUACGUUGCCACCGUGUGAAUGGAACUCUGAAGGAUAUGUAGGAGGAUUGUGAGAGUCACAUAAUUGUGUACUGUUAGAGACAACAGUACAGGUAUAUGGCGAUAUCAAUAUUUAGUUCACCUAAUCUGUAAUGAGUUAUUUUGUGUAUCUGUGGAAAAGAAGACUUAGAAAGUAGAAACGCAAAACAAGAUAUUGUCAAGAAAUCUAAUGAGGCUUUUCCUUUUGAGCUGUUUAAGAGGUAGUCUUCUAGUCGCAGUCUUCUUCAAAGAUUUUUCCCUUAAGAACAUUUGGUAAACGCAGCUCAAUAAGAUGGAUGACAAACAGGCUCAAGCCUACUGAAUUAUUAUUUGUUUACAACGUUUGUACUGUGUAAAUUGGGCUGGUAGUCAUGCGCAACCCGCUUAAUUUUUUAUGUGUUUUCAAGUGCUGGUUCAUAUAAAACACCAACAUCACUCCCUUUUUAUUUUUAUUUUUAUAAACACCACAAUUAGAGGAAACACAGUUUACCUCUGCAGAGAUUAUUUUACAACAGAACAGGCACUUUUGAGACAAUCAGUCAGGUUGUUUUUAAGAGAGUUAUAAUCGCAAUAAUGUUACGACGAUCACUUUGCGCAGUUAGCCUAGGGUUUUCAGAAAAUCAGUAGGGCAUAUAUCAGUUGCAAAUAAGGAGGAACUACAAACAUAGCUUGCCUGUUACAUUAUCAUGUCUUGAAAUAAGCAUUAUCUGAUUAUUUUCGUGUGCGAUAAAUCUCUAAAAUGUUCCACCAACAACUGACGCAAGCACUAAACAGUGUCCUGGCUGAUCCACCAAUAUUUCAGACCACGUGUAGGGGAAUGCAGCUAUAAAAAUCUAAUUUUCUUGUAAUUUUAAGGGCACAGAAAUAUUGGUUUUAUCAUUAUAGUUCAACAGGAGAAUGUGUUCAGAGGUACUGGGUAGCUUUAAUGUAGCGUGAAAACAAAUUUAAAAUACCGGUAUAUAUUUGGUCCCUACAGUACAGUAUUUAAAAUCCCUGCCAUUGUUACUGGAUUGUGUGUUGUUUACUUUUAAGUGUAUAUAGUAUUCUCUCAAUGAUUAUGUUUUCCUCCCUAAGGCUAAGUUUACACUAUGUUCCUGGCGGGCACAGCAGCCCUGUUUGGCCAAAAUGUAGCACGAUGUGGGAUUUUGGCCUUUUUUCCCCUUUCCGUAUUUAAACCUUGCUAAGUUUUCUCAUGGUCGAUCACGGUGUCCAUGAUGGGCCAUGUCGGACCGGGGCCGCUAAAUUCUAGAGUAUCAAAGUCACACUAUGUUUCAGCCCGAUGUUGGUGGCGAAACAUGCGUCCCGUCCUACUAUGGGCUGCCUCGAAGUUGUGGCGCACACCAUUACAAUCACGUUUUGUUGUGUUUACCCCGUCUUACGACUUACUUAGUACUAGGUUUUUCAUCUGCAAUGUGCCUGCUGUGGCAAUUUGUUUGACAAUUUGAACAUCUCUCCGGGCAACACGGCGAUCCCAUUCCCUUGCGUUGUCUCACACCAUCCCGUUUUAUCCACCGUGGCCGCCGUGAACAUAGUGUAAGCAUAGCAUCAGCUGAAACCAGCCUACUGGUGCACAAAACAUAUUUUUGUCAAAUAGAAAACUGUUUGUGUUGACAAAGAAUGUUUUUGCAUUUUUGUAUCCUGUAAUCGCCAUUAAACUCUUGUAUUUUAUUGGUAUCAGUAUCAAUUUGUUAGAUUUCCUGCUAGAUACAUUGCGGUCAUGCACGACGAUGCAUCAACAGU